CAGCCUCUCAAGUAGCUGGGACUAUGGGCACUCCCCACCACACCUGGCUAAUUUUUGUAUUUUUAGUAGAGAUGGGGUUUCACCAUGUUGGUCAGGCUGGUCUUGAACUCCUGACACCAAGUGAUCUGCCUGCCUCGGCCUCCCAGAUUGCUGGGAUUAUAGGCGUGAGCCACCGUGCCCGGCCCUAUAUAACUCUUUAUGCAAGUUUUUACCCCUAAAAGAUAUCUGCCAUCUCAGCCAUGGAACACACACUGUGAGAACAUGAAAGCUCAAGGGCAGGGCUGGCUACAUAAUUUGUGGGACCCAUUACAAAAUGAACAUGGAGAAAAAAAUAGAAAAAAGUGUAGUACAAGGUACUAAAAUAGAUUUUUCCUUUGAAAACAGUUUAAUACUUAUAAAAUGUAAUAGAGGGAAAUAGUGACACAUGAGUAACAAAAUGGGCGAAUCAAUUGGUCUACGCUAUUUUUGGUGUUAUAAUUUUACCUAGUACAAUAAAUAGCAACACUUUGUUAGUGAGACGGGGUUUCACCAUGUUGGCCAAGCUGGUCUGGAACUCCUGACCUCAGGUGAUCCGCCUGCCUCAGCCUUCCAAAGUGCUGGGAUUACAGGUGUGAGCCUCCUCGCCCAGCUGUGAUGUCUUGAUUGAUCAUAGGAUUUUUCUGGCUAUUCUAGCUACUUCCGAUUCGCUUCAGCCAAUUUAGUUGAACUUUUAUCACUUGUGACUUCAGAGUCCUGGUUAAUAUCCUGUUGCCCUCAGGACAUGCAGGAUGGAGGAAGGCACCAGGGAGCCGAGGGAAGUGAGCAGAGAGGCAGUUACUUCAGGGCCACCAGCAUAGCCCCCGUCACUGUCCACAGACACAGGCCCUUCCCCUUCUCACGGUGGAGCAGGCCCCACCUCACUUCCGGGUGUGACUUCACAGACCGUUAGGUUCCGUGGUACCCUGGAGUCCACAGCUGCUGAAUCUGAAGGGCCUUCAGAAGACUGGCUUCUCCAUGAUGGUUCAUGGACUAAGGCAAAGAUGAGCAGAGCCGUGGCCCUCUUCUUUGUUCUCUGCUGGAUCCAAGAUGGAGUGUCGCUCUCUCGUCCAGGCUGGAGUGCAAUGGCGCUAUCUUGGCUCACUGCAACCUCUGCUUCCCAGGUUCAAAGUGAUUAUCCUGCCUCAGCCUCCCAAGUUGCUGGGAUUACAGAGUUGGGGUCUCCCUAUGUUUCCCAGGCUGGUCUCGAACUCCUGACCUCAAGUGAUCCUCCCACCUCAGCCUCCCAGAGCGCUGGGAUUAAAGACGUGAGCCACCACACCUGGCCUGAAUUUUCCUCAAAUUCAAAAAAUCCUGAUGAAGGUUUGGUUAAAAUCUUUGAUGAAAUUCUGCUGCAAGUGUUUUCCAAGGUUCCGUAUGACCCAUUAUUUGAUGAAACAAGAACAGCAGUCAGAUCCAUUACAAAGAGAGACACACAAAAAAGCUAUUCCCAACAAAAGAGUUUGAACAAUGCUGCAUUUGCAUUAGGUUCAAAUGAGCAAGAGGAACGUUUGGCUAAAAUAUUUGAUGAAAUUCUACUGCAGGUGUUUCCAAAGGUUCCAUAUGACCCAUCAUUUAACGAAACAACAGCAGUCAGAUCCAUUACAAAGACAGACAUGAGAAAAGGAACCAGUGUUGCUUGGAAUUCUCCUAAACCAGAAUAUUUCCUUGGCAGUGUGGACAAAAUUCCCAAUAAAGAUCACCUUUCAGAGGAGAAGAGGUUUAAAGAAUCCCCUCUGUCCGACAGGGAUUUAAGAGAGCAGUUAACUACUGUAGAUAAAGAAACACCUCAAGGAGCAGCUAAACCAGAUGCUCACUUUAGGACUAUGUCCUGCGGGCAACUUUUGCACUUCCUGCAGAGGAACACCAUCAUCGCCGCCGUCUCAGGGGUGGCCAUCCUCAUGGCCACUGUGCUGUUGCUGCUUGGGUUGGCCUCAUACAUCAGGAAGAAACAGCCUUCAUCUCCUCCGGCAAACACGACAUAUAAUAUUUUUAUAAUGGAUGGAAAGACAUGGUGACAAAAUUCUGAAGAAAAAAAUUUCACAAAAUAUGCAAAAAAACAGAAACAGUUGAAGAGCGGCUCCUGUGUCUAAGCCAGGUCGUGGGGCAGUCAAACCAGGACUUGAAACCACGAUGCGAGGACAUUCUCCAUCCACACACCCCAGGGAGGCAAUUCCAUUUCUGCUCGGGAGGUGUAUUCUACGAAAACAUCUGCUUCCCAUCCCAAUUUGAAUGGACCAAGAAAAACUGCUUUACCAUAGGACACUUGUGGCAAUAUGGCAUCGAUGGCCGGCGUCGGCGAACCCAACAGACUAUGGACUUAUCGUUUAAUAAAGCAUUGAUUCAUUUA